UAUCACUAUCAGCUAUGAAUUGUUAUAAUAAGAUAUCAUUUUUACUCUUUGUACUCGGUUGCUUUGUGAUAGCAAUUUGCAGAGGUGACCCUGAUCAGUGCAAGGAUGGAACCGACAAUUGCGACAAAGAAUCGACUCAGUGCAGGAACACAGACUGGGGAUUCUAUUGCAAGUGCAAGAAGGGGCAUCAAUAUAUUUCAGGAAAUAGAACCCAUUGCAGACCUAACUACUGCGAUGCUCAAAAGCCAAACAGCAUAACCACCUAUUCACCAGCUCGCUGUAUAAAAGAAAACGCMAACAAAUACGGUGAUGUGUGUACCAGAGGAUGUGUUCCUGGUUAUAAGCUGAGCUAUGGGAAAUAUUACAAUACUGUUACUUGCAGCGAUAGGGGUAGCUGGUAUGGAGGCUAUUCGUACUGUAUCGAUGAUGAUGAGUGCUCCAAGUCUGCUUGUGAUCACAACGCAGUAUGUGUCAACACAGUUGGGUCUUACAGUUGUCGUUGUCGCAGAGGUUUCACUGGCGAUGGACACAAGUGUAUUGAUAACGAUGAAUGCAAUGCAAGCAAUAAAUGCCAUCAGCAUGCCGUCUGUAUGAACACGCUAGGCUCUUACAACUGCAAGUGCAAACAAGGGUACAUGGGGGAUGGUGUCGUAUGUGCUUUACCUAWCUCAUUCCGAGGGUUACAAAACUCCGCAAUUCUUCGUGAUAAUGGCAACGCAAGUUACCUACUUGAUCUCUCAACUUUUUUGGAUCCUGUUCUUCAAAGUUCAUCCAGAAGCCGCUGGCUCAGAUGCUGGAGUUCGUCUAAAGAUGGAUGGCGUGUUCGCUCUACAUUCCAUCCUCUGUGCGAUAAAAAGGGGCCAACAGUCACUUUGGGCAGAGUUCAAAACUACAUCUUUGGUGGAUAUUCUGAUGCGUCUUGGGAUAAUAAAGGAGGUUAUGCACAGUCCUCCAAAGCUUUCUUGUUCUCGCUGUUCAACGUUAAAGGGUAUUCUCCGCGUAAGUUUCCUAUUGUACGAGAUCAAGACAAGGCUAUAUAUCGACACGAGUACUAUGGACCAACAUUUGGAACAGGACACGAUUUGCUGUUAUCCUUUGGCGGCUAUUACAGUGUUUCAACUCCAAAGUCGUAUGCAACCCCCCCUGGAUGCACUAUUUCCAACAAAUGCUCCUUCUACACUGGCACCGUGCGAAACAUGUUGAGUGACGUCGAGGUAUUCUAUGAGACUGAUGACGAGUGCUUGAAGUGUGCUGACGAUGCCUCGUGUUUAAAGACGCAAGGGUCACAUGUAUGUCGAUGUAACCAUGGUUUCACUGGUGAUGGGUACUCUUGCAACGAUAUCGAUGAAUGCUUGUCUGUCAAGUGUGAUCCCAAUGCAGUGUGCAUGAACACGGCUGGCUCUUACAGCUGCAAGUGUAAAAAAGGAUUCACUGGUGAUGGGGCAAUAUGUUUUAACUUAAGGGGUCUCGACAAGUCAGCUAUUCUAACCGGAAAGUAUGGAAGCCUCAAACAUAUCAAGAGUCUGUCRAAGUUCCUGGAUCCUGUCCUUCAAAGUAAAACCAAGAGUCGCUGGGUGAGAUGCUGGAGUGCUUCUAAUGACGGAUGGGACGUCACUAAGACAUUCCACCCCCAGUGUGACAACAAAGGUCCCACAGUGACCCUAGUUAUAGCGCAUAAGUACAUCUUUGGGGGAUAUGUUGAUAUCUCAUGGCAAACCUCUGGAAAGUAUGCUAUAUCAAGCAAAGCUUUUCUCUUCUCUCUGUACUCCAAAAAAAGCGGUUAUUUUCCAAUCAAACUACCCAUCGUCCGUGAAUGGCAGCACGCGAUAACCAAUAACGGACUUUACGGCCCUACAUUUGGUCGGAAAACAGACCUUACCAUAUCAAACCGUGCAUCUAGUAGCAACCAAAAUACCUUCUUUGUUUGGUCUUACAAGGCUCCCCCCGGAUGUAGCCAUGGCAACUACUGCUCAUACUAUACUGGGUCGUCUAUGUUUGUACCUCAGGACGUGGAGGUGUUCUAUGAGGUCACCAACUAAGACAAGAAAUUCAGGAAGCAGCGACAAAAUUGAUUCUAAUGUAUUGUUAAACCAUAUUAUUAUACAGUCAAUCCAUUAACGUUGUUCGGUUGAAAAGCGGACAACAAACAACAAAGUCAUUUGCAUAUAUCAUAUUUUUAAUAAUUUCUUUGCAAGAAUAUUCAACAUAAACUUCAAAAUCUUCUUUAGAAUGUCAUUAAUAUUUACCUAAAGGUUUAUUUAACAAAUUCACGAUUGUUUCAUGUCCUCUUAUUUACCACAGUUGCAGGUAUUUGAAUCCUCUUGAUGUUUAAACAUCCACGAGUGGAUCGAGUGGAUCUACAACAAUCUAGACAAUGAGAUGAUCCCAGCUGUUUUAAUCAAGAGGACCUAUUAUAUAGUGAGGCUGUAACACACGAUUUCAUUGGCUAAAAAGCGGGCCGUAAUUUCCCGUACGGACCAGAUGAAACGAGAAAAACURUUUUAACAUUAAAAAAGCUCGUUUUCUGUCUUUCUGUAGUUGUAUACGGUUUUCUUUUCUGCUUAGAUAUACUAGCUCUUUUAAUUUCCUUUUUUGUCCUAGUUUCUCAGCCUAUGAAAAUGCUCUAUAAUAAAUAUCWUAUUAACCUCUCUUGCUUGAGCCGUACGGGAAUUUACGGRACCUCGUUUCCCACAUUUUUAUGGCCUUCGCGCUACGCUAUCAGGCCAUAKGUCAGMGGAAAAUACUCGGUCCAUAGCUUCCCRUACGGCCCUCGCGCUCGGUUAAUAAGAUAUUAAUACCACAAGAAACUAUCGUGAAUUUUUUUUUUUUAAUCACAAAUAAUUGUUUUACCAGUACUGCGCGCGUUUUGCAAGCUAAAAGAACAACUUAACUCUCAUUUCAAACUGAACCAAAACAUUUAUUUCAACAAAUUCUGGUACAUACGUUUUUCGCUUUGUCUGUCCAGUCAGGAAUUAAAUUCCAAUGACAGAACAGUCGAGAAAGCCCAUUGUUUUUCUUUAAACUAUUAAAGUUAAUCGCAAGCAAAGUAGCGACCGUUGUAUGUACUUUUAUUUACCACGACUCUGGACCAAUCAGAAAGCAAGAAAAUUAUCAUAUGUGGCAAAAAAUUUCUUUUUUCCUGCGAUUAUUUACAACCUAUUUAUGAAAAUGACUUUGCAGUUGUCUUUUUAAAAGUUUUAUAAGUGGAUAAUGUUAUAUUGGAUUGGAUGUAUCAUUAUAUUGUGAUCUAUGUGAUGAAACAUUUACAAAUACAGUGUUCUUUGUUCAUCUGAUCUUAUUCUA